CUUUCCACAUUGGAGAAACAUGGCAGCCUUGGUAAGGGAUUGUCGGUAUUUGCGAAAAAUCCAAUUUUUGAGCCAUGCUCGACAGUUUGGUGUAACUUCAGUUGCAAGAUCUCAACUAAUCAAGCCACCAAUUCAUCUUUUUGGUAUUGAAGGACGUUACGCUCAUGCUGUUUACUCUGCAGCAGCCAAACAAAAACAACUUGACAAAGUUGAAGCUGAACUUGACAGUGUGGAUAAACUGAUUAAAGGAAAUGCCAAGUUGUCAGAUUUUUUUAUGAACCCCAGUACCAACAAAAAGCAAAAGCAAGCUACAAUGGCAGAAAAUAACAGACUUAAGUUAAUUUCAAGUGUAAACUCCUCAUUUGGGAAGUUGAUGAGUGCUACAAGGGGAGAGGUCCGAUGUUCUGUAACUACAGCCAAGGAACUGGAUAGUGCCAAUUUAAAAGACCUGCAGUCUGCUUUGAAAUCAUUUUUAAAAACAGGAGAAACUCUCAAGCUUGAGACUUCGGUUGAUACAUCUCUGAUUGGAGGCAUGGUUGUGAGUUUUGGUGAUAAACAUAUUGAUAUGUCCAUUGCCAAGAAAGUCAAAGAUAUUACAAAUGCGAUGAAGGAAAGCUUGUGAGAACAAUGAAAUAAGUUUGUAGUCAUACAUUCAUCUUUUUUUGAAGUUAUGAAAUAAAAUGAUUAAAUGAGUUGAAAGUACUUUCAGUGGUUUACUUGACAAACCUUGGCCUGUAAUCAUGUUUAGACUAGAGUGAGCAYAUUAAAUCCUUGACAUUGAA